ACACAGUGACGUUGAUUCUCCCGCCGUAUACGUAAUGAUGUCACACACAGCAAGAAGAUGUUGGACAGCCUCGAGUCGGAGGCCAUGGGCGACUAGCAGUAGUGAAAAUGUCGAAGUGGUACAAUUAGAGAGAUUUGUCUGAUUUACUCUUACAGGGAGCGAGAAUACUGUCAUCUGCCCAAGGAAGAGUUGUGUUUUAAUUGUAGGUAGACACAACCCUGGAUAUUGUAGAUUUCCCAGACUCCGGUAGUCACCAUGGCGACAGAACUCGGUUCCCCGCCACGGUUCUUUCAUAUGCCUCGGUUCCAGCACCAGGCACCACGGCAGCUGUUCUACAAGCGGCCAGACUUUGCCCAGCAGCAGGCCAUGCAGCAGCUCACGUUCGAUGGCAAGCGCAUGAGAAAGGCCGUCAACCGCAAGACCAUCGACUACAACCCCUCCGUUAUCAGAUACCUCGAGAAUCGGCUGUGGCAGCGUGACCAUAGAGAUUUCCGCGCCAUCCAGCCAGAUGCAGGGUGUUACAAUGAUCUUGUGCCCCCAGUGGGUAUGCUCAACAACCCCAUGAAUGCAGUCACCACAAAGUUUGUCAGAACGUCCACCAACAAAGUGAAAUGCCCUGUGUUUGUUGUACGGUGGACCCCAGAGGGCAGGCGACUAGUCACUGGGGCCUCCAGUGGGGAGUUCACGUUGUGGAACGGCCUCACCUUCAACUUUGAGACCAUUUUACAGGCCCAUGACAGUCCCGUACGGGCCAUGACCUGGUCUCAUAAUGACAUGUGGAUGCUGACUGCAGACCACGGCGGCUACGUCAAGUACUGGCAGUCCAACAUGAACAACGUCAAGAUGUUCCAGGCCCACAAGGAGGCGAUUAGAGAGGCCAGUUUCUCUCCCACGGAUAAUAAAUUUGCCACUUGCUCUGAUGAUGGAACUGUACGCAUCUGGGACUUUCUCCGCUGUCACGAAGAGAGGAUUCUUAGAGGUCACGGAGCAGAUGUGAAGUGUGUCGACUGGCACCCCACCAAAGGCCUGGUGGUGUCGGGAAGCAAAGACAGCCAGCAGCCCAUCAAAUUCUGGGACCCAAAGACGGGACAGAGUUUGGCCACACUUCACGCCCACAAGAACACAGUGAUGGAAGUAAAGUGGAACCUCAAUGGCAACUGGCUGUUGACGGCAUCACGUGACCAUCUGUGCAAGCUCUUCGACAUCCGGAACCUGAAGGAAGAGCUGCAGAUCUUCAGAGGCCACAAAAAAGAGGCCACCGCUGUGGCCUGGCAUCCUGUUCAUGAGGGCAUGUUUGCCAGUGGGGGCUCGGAUGGAUCCCUGCUCUUCUGGCAGGCGGGGGUGGAGAAGGAAAUUGGUGGUAUGGAGAUGGCACAUGAGGGCAUGAUCUGGAGUUUAGCUUGGCACCCACUGGGCCACAUCCUGUGCUCUGGCUCCAACGACCACACAAGUAAAUUUUGGACCAGAAAUCGGCCAGGGGACAAAAUGCGCGACCGGUACAAUCUGAACCUGUUACCAGGGAUGUCAGAGGACGGUGUGGAGUAUGAUGACAAUGAGCCAGACAGGAUGGCUUCCAUCCCUGGCAUGGGAAUCCCAGAUCAGCUGAAAGCAGCCAUGGAGCAAGAGCAGACUAAAGAGCCAGCGGCUGAGGCGGAGAUGACGAUCCCAGGGCUGGACUGGGGAAUGGAGGACCUCAUGCUGAAAGACCAGAAGAAAGUUCCCCAGAAGAAAGUGCCCUACGCCAAGCCUAUCCCAGCCCAGUUUCAACAGGUACACCCCCCGGACUAGAACUCUACACUGAGCCUGCCCCUCGCUCCUGGCGAGAUGCCCAAAGAAAGGAAGGAUGAGAAGAAGGCAGAUGGAAAAAAGAAGACCCAGUCAGAGAUCGAACAGGAAAUGGCUGCCCUACAGUAUAGCAACCCAAUGUUUUAAUGUGAUUCUUCCCCUUCUUCCCAGCAACUAAAGAUUGAGCGGAUGGCUCAGCUGUCUGACCAGGGCAUGCAUCCCUCUGGUGGUCAGCCUGGGUCGAUGCCACCUUUUCCUGGCCAAGGAGGACCGAUGCCACCCCCUCCUCACAGCUUUCCCCAGAACAUGCCCCCGCAGCAGAUGCCCCCACCCAACAUGCCCCCCAUGGGUCCAGGGGGGAUGCAGGGCCCCUUCAUGCCUCAGGGCCCCAACAUGGGACCUCCAGGGCCACAGGGCCCUCCGCAGGGCAUGAUGGGACCCCCAGACUUUCACGGCCCCCAGGGCAUGCAGAGGCACCCGGGACCUCCGAGGAACAUGGGCCCACAGGGGCCCCAUGGCAUGCCGCCCGGCCCACGAGGGAUGCAGGGGCCUCCUCCUGGAGGGAUGCAAGGCCCGCCGGGUGGCAUGAUGCCUCCACGAGGCAUGGGGCCCAGAGAUGGUCAGGGGCCGCCGCAGGCAGGCAUGAUGCACCAGGACAUGCGCGGGCCAGCACCCCAUGGGAAUAUGAUGGGCCCCCCCCAAGGGCCCAUGCAGAGCAACAUGAUGGGACCUCCUUUGCCCAGUCCCCCCAGGACUCAUGGCAACAUGCCAGGCCCCGGGAUGGGCAACAUGCAUGGCAUGGGAAACAUGCCAGGGCCCCCACCUGGGGGAAUGCAUGGACAGGGACCUCCGGGCCACAUGCAGGCACCCCCUGGUAACAUGCAAGGACCACCAGCCAAUAUGCAGGGACCUCCUGGAAACAUGCAAGGCCCACCCCCAUACAUGCAGCAGGGUAAACCAGGACAAUUCAAUCAGGGGGGGCAAAAUCCUGGCCCACAGUCCAUGAUGCAUGGCAUGGCACAGCAAGGACCCAACGGUAAAGAUGGUCCUCGUGGCCCUCCUAACCACCACUUAGGUCCACCGCCUGAUCGUCAGGGGCCCGGUGGUCCAGGGGGUCCUGGCCAGGGCUCUGAAGGAGGGGGGCAGUACUGGGGUGACUCCAGAGAAGGUCGCCGUGGACCCCCCGAGUUUGAAGGUUCAGACGGUGGCUUCCAUGGGCGCGGGGAGGAGGGCUGGAGGAGAGGCGGCUCGGAGUACCAGGGAGACCCCAGGAGCCACCGAGGGGGUGCUGGGAACUGGGAGGGCCAGGAGAGGUACCAGCGUGAUGGCGAGUUCAGGGGUCACGACAGGUUCCGGAGGGGAGCACCAGGAGGCCCCCAGGGACGCGGCAGCCGGGGCUUCCAAGACGAGUACGGGGCAGAGGAGGGCUUCGAGCCCCAGGAGGACGCGGGCCAGGGCUGGGAAAGCAGAGGAAGAGGCCGGCCGCGCGGAGGAGGGCCGCCUCGAGGAGGUCACGAGGCCUACAGGGAGGGUCCACGGCAAGACCACCACGACAGCCCGUCGCCUGCUGGCCGAGAGCGCUCCUCCUCUCUGCAAGGCAUGGACAUGGCGUCCUUGCCACCACGGAAGCGGCCGUGGCAUGACGGCCCGGGCGCCGGUGACCCGCGUGACCAGGACUCACCAGGGGCAGGCCCAGAGGACAGAGGAGCAGGUCGACCACCCCCACGAGAAGAGGGCGGCUAUGGACCCCCAGGGCGUGGGGGCAGAGGAGGCUGGGGCCGGGGAGGCGGCUCAGACAGGGGCGGAGGUGGCCCCGGCUCGGGACCCACCACAAGACGAGGGUCCAUGCGGGGGGGGCGCGGGCGAUAGGAGUAUGAGAGCCCAGGGCUCGUGAAGACAGGGGUUAGAGGUGCCCCUGAAACACAGUCACCACAAAUGCCCAGGGCUCCGACAUGCCCACAGCCUCUGACCAGAGGUAGGCGAAGGGGUAUUUAUUGGACAUGUGAUAUUCACCCCCCCCCCCCCCCCCCCAUCUCUGAUAGGGCGACAUGAUCGGUGUGGCCCCAUCUCUUCACUCUGACUGGUUCCUCACAGAAGGUGAUGGGUGUGUCGGACUGUUGGGCUCCUUUGGCCUGUUCGUGAUUACUGAAUGAAUUGAAAAGCUGAAUUACGGUCUACGGUCUCACCGCCCUAUCGCCAGAGAGUCAUGUAUCUCUGCAUCUAGCAACAAGCCUCUGGACGAUGUUCACCCCCUCACUGUAACUGUGGUACUAAGUCGGACUCAAAGCUCCACGGCCGUUUGUUUGUUUGUCUUUUUUUUUUUUUUUUUUUGUGAGUGUGCGUGUGGGUAUUUUUCAGCUGGGUGGUUAUGGAUGAGUGAGCCUGAGUGGUGUGGUGCUCUGAUGUCUAUCAGUCACAUGAUGGGUGCUUUCAUGUCAGAACUUGUGUAUGAUGCAGAGCAUGGAACAGCUCUCAUGGCGGUCACCAUUCACUCCCACCCCCACUCCACUCCACCCCCUGGUGGCUUGCCUGUGUCCUCGGGAGCACUGGCUGACUGACUGGUGGUCUAACCACUCUCUCCCUGGGCUGGUUUGCACCCUUGAGACCUCAUCCCUGGCCUGAGCCAUAUCCAUCCAGAGGAAAGAAAUAGAACGGUGUCCUCCCUCAUGACUCAGACGUGAAAAGUGUUCCUCCCGGGCCUUGAUGCUGAACGAUGGAGCUCUAGUCGUUUUUCCGUCGGCUGUCGACUCCGUCUGUUCAAAUUUUCCUUUCUGUAUAAAAUAAUGGAACAAAAUGAUUCUGUAACAUUACCAGGCUACUCUUGAGAAUCAAGGCUGCUGGCUUUGUUUCUAAAUGUACAGUUUGUCAAGAGAUUGUCAUCGUUCUGUCCUUUUUUUGUAUGAGACUACAAUAGAAUUUGUGAAAACUUUA